GCGAGUAGCAGGAGCCCUAACGUUGUUUGUGCCAUAGUGCAGCGAAAAGAGUUAACGAGCACAGAAGCGCUUGAUAUUGACACACACACACAACUCCGGCACAGGGUUAAGCGAUAAACACUUCCCAGAUCACAAUUAAGGGAGCUGUCUCGAUCGGAGGGAGGUACCAUUCUCUCUCAGAGGGGAGGGUUGGUAUUCAGUACCAGCUGUUGCGAAGCUUCACGGCAAAAACACACCCAGAAAUAGAGACGCGUUCAGACGCACUUAGUAACUGCAAUGGCUGCCACUGGCGUUCUCCCUUUCAUAAGGGGGGUAGACCUCAGUGGAAAUGACUUCAAGGGAGGUUAUUUUCCUGAACACGUCAAGUCUAUGACCAGUCUCCGAUGGCUGAAGCUGAACAGGACUGGGCUCUGUUACCUUCCCGAAGAGCUGGCCUCCCUCCAGAAACUGGAACAUUUGUCGGUGAGCCACAACAGCCUCACGACGUUGCAUGGAGAGCUGUCGAGUCUCCCUUGCCUCAGGGCUAUUGUGGCCCGAGCCAACAACCUGAAAAACUCUGGAGUUCCAGAUGAUAUUUUUCAGCUAGAUGAUCUCUCAGUGCUGGAUCUGAGUUAUAACCAGCUGACUGAAAUUCCUCGGGAGUUGGAGAACUCCAAGAACAUGCUGGUGCUUAACCUCAGUCACAACAGCAUUGAAAACAUCCCAAAUCAGCUGUUUAUUAACCUGACCGACUUGCUGUACCUGGACGUGAGUGACAAUAAGCUGGACAGCCUGCCCCCUCAAAUGAGACGCCUGGUUCACUUGCAGACCUUAAUACUCAACAACAAUCCUCUCAUGCACGCACAGCUGAGACAGCUACCGGCUAUGGUUGCUCUCCAGACUCUCCAUUUAAGAAACACUCAGCGAACCCAAAGCAACAUGCCUACUAGCCUUGAGGGCCUCACAAAUUUGCAAGGUAAAGACUCUGCUGACUGUUUCAUCAACAGACGAAAAGACUCGUCCCAGGAUGACCAGGCCAAGCAGGUGCUGAAGGGCAUGACUGAUGUGGCACAGGAGAAGAACAAAUCCAUUGAGGAGAACGGAGAUAUGAAAUACGGUGACCUGAAGACACGGCGCUGGGAUAAGAACCUGGAGAAGCCUCAGCUGGAUUACUCCGAGUUCUUCAUGGAGGAUGUAGGCCACAUCCCUGGAGUCACUGUGUGGCAAAUAGAGAACUUCAUCCCCACACAGGUCGAUGAGACUUUUCAUGGGAAGUUCUACGAGGCAGACUGUUACAUCGUACUUAAGACUUUUCUAGAUGAGAACAGCUCCUUGAACUGGCACAUCUUUUACUGGAUUGGACAGGAAGCUACUCUAGAUAAGAAGGCCUGUUCUGCCAUCCACGCAGUUAACCUAAGGAACUACCUGGGGGCGGAGUGCAGGACAAUCCGGGAGGAGAUGGGCGAAGAAAGUGAAGAAUUCAGUGCAGUCUUUGGCAACGACAUAUCCUACAUUGAGGGAGGGACAGCCAGUGGCUUCUACACUGUGGAAGACUCGCAAUAUGUCACGAGGCUGUUUCGUGUAUAUGGCAAAAAGAACAUCAGGCUGGAGUCUGUUGCGCUGAAAACAUCUUCUCUGGACCCACGGUUUGUCUUCAUGCUGGAUAAUGGUCUGGAGAUAUUUGUGUGGCGCGGAGCUCAGGCCACACUGAGCAACACCACCAAAGCCAGGUUGUUUGCAGAGAAGAUCAAUAAGAAUGAGAGAAAGGGCAAGGCAGAAAUCACACUGCUGGGUCAUAACCAGGAAACGCCAGAAUUCUGGGAGCUGUUGGGAGGACAGCCAGAGGAAAUUAAGAAGCAUGUUCCAGAUGACUUCACUCCGGUUCGGCCAAAACUUUACAAGGUUGGUCUUGGCCUGGGCUACCUAGAGCUCCCGCAGAUCAACUACAAACUGUCGGUGGAACAUAAGGAGAAACUCAAGCUUGAUGUUGUUCCAGAAAUGAGACUGGUCCAGAGUCUCCUGGACACCAAGUCCGUGUACAUCCUGGACUGCUGGUCCGACGUGUUCAUCUGGAUCGGACGCAAGUCCCCCCGGCUGGUGAGAGCGGCGGCCCUGAAGCUGGGGCAGGAGGUGUGCAGCAUGUUGCACCGGCCCAAACACGCCAUGGUGAUCCGCAACCUGGAGGGAGCCGAGUGCCAGGUUUUCAAGUCCAAAUUCAAGAACUGGGAUGAUGUGCUGAAGGUUGACUACACCAGGAAUGCGGAAAGUGUCCUGAAGACCAAGGGCCUAACUGGGAAAGUGAAGAAGGACGCUGAGCAGAAGGACCAGAUGAAGGCCGACUUGACAGCCCUGUUCCUCCCAAGACAGCCUCCCAUGCCCCUUGCAGAGGCAGAGCAGAUGAUGGAGGAGUGGAAUGAAGACCUGGAUGGGAUGGAGGGUUUUGUUCUCGAAGGAAAGAAGUUCGCCCGGCUGCCAGAAGAAGAAUUUGGGCACUUCCACACACAGGACUGUUACGUCUUCCUCUGCAGGUACUGGGUGCCCGUGGAGUACGAGGAGGAUCCGAAGAAGGGAGACAAAGACAAGGGCAACGAGGAGGCCGAGGAGGAGGAAAAGCAGCCGGAGGAGGACUUCCAGUGCGUGGUUUACUUCUGGCAGGGCCGGGAGGCCUCCAACAUGGGCUGGCUGACUUUCACCUUCAGCCUCCAAAAGAAAUUCGAGAGUCUGUUCCCUGGCAAGCUGGAGGUUGUGCGAAUGACUCAGCAGCAAGAAAACUUGAAGUUUCUUUCACAUUUCAAGAGGAAGUUCAUAGUGCACAAAGGGAAGAGAAAACUGAAAGACAACAAUGUGCAGCCCAGCCUGUACCACAUCAGGACAAAUGGAAGUGCUCUCUGCACCAGGACAAUCCAGAUUCCUACAGACUCCAGCAACCUCAACUCUGAAUUCUGUUUCAUUUUAAAGGUGCCGUUUGAGAGUACGGAUAAUCAAGGGAUAGUGUACACGUGGGUGGGAAGAGCCGCAGACCCAGAUGAAGCCAAGCUGGCUGAAGACAUCAUGAACACGAUGUUUGAUGACACUUACAGCAAGCAGGUGAUCAAUGAAGGGGAGGAGCCCGAGAACUUCUUCUGGGUUGGCAUUGGUUCCCAGAAGCCCUACGAUGAGGAUGCAGACUACAUGAAAUAUGCGAGACUCUUCAGAUGCUCCAAUGAAAAGGGCUAUUUCUCCGUGUCUGAGAAGUGCUCGGACUUCUGCCAAGAUGACCUCGCUGAUGAUGACAUCAUGCUUCUGGACAACGGAAAAGAAGUCUACAUGUGGGUGGGAACGCAGACCAGUCAGGUGGAAAUUAAGCUGAGUCUGAAAGCUUGUCAGGUUUACAUCCAGCACAUGAGGUCAAAAGACCCGGAGCACCCCCGGAAACUGCGGCUUGUGCGAAAAAGCAACGAACCUCACAACUUCACUCGCUGCUUUCACGCCUGGAGCUCCUUCAAGAAACCGCCUGCAUAAGAAUCCCGCCACGGCCACCCUGACUUCUGGUUGGUUGGCCAGGGUCAUGUGACUUUGUGCUUCGUUCUUAUUGGCUGUGAAGGAGCUCAGUUAUUUGGGUGAAACACAAUUAGAAUACGGUAUGUAUUGGCUUGAGCUGCUACUUCAUAGAGUGUACUGUAAUCCAGCAUUCAAGCUUCCCACAAGAGCUUUUGCAUAUUUUGCUGCCUGACUAAGCGAUAUAUCGGACAGUUUUUUAAGAUUCUGUUCAAUAGAUUUGCACUGAAGGCAUAGUCUAAUGAAUAAUGAACUUUGAUGCUUACAUAUAUGUAAGCAUCAAAGUUGUUAAAGUAAUAGUUUAAUGUAUAGAAACCAAGUCUGUACCUUAAGCUUACAAAACACUUCAUUUUAUCUAAGAAGUCACUAUUAAAAUGUAUUUUAAAUCGCAUUUACCUAAGUAUAAAAACUCCUUAGCUUUGCAUAGAUUUCAGGCAAGCCAUAGGAUUGUAUAUUGAAAAAGUAUUUCUGACUUUGCUUUAUUGGAACACCGAAGACUUUUAAUCAAAGAAAUGACUUUUAUCUAAUAUGAUUACUUGAUAAUAGUAAUAAUUCUCUCUAAAUCGUAUUUCACAUGUCUUUCUAGACUAUAUAGGUAUUGAUGAGCAUAUGGUAAUAGCAUAUGCUAAUAUUUCCCUUCACAUAUAAAUGUACUUUACUUAACCAAAAAACUUAGUGAAAAGAUUAGGAGGAAAAAUCUGCAUAGAGCAAGCACAAUAUCCAUAGUAUUCUCUAGUCUAAAUCCUUAAAACAGCACAUCAUUGCCAUUUGGUGCAGCUUUGUUAUUUUGUAAAGGUAAAAUUCUGUUUCCUGAGAAGUGCUUUAUGAGUGUGUUUUGUUCAGUUAUGAAAUUAGUUGCACAGCUUAACAAUUUUUUUGGUAAUGGGUUAAAACUGUGCCAAUCAUGCUGGGCUCUCCCUUUGGGUUUUCAAGGAAA